AUGAAUCAAUCAUUUGCUGAAGCGUCUGCUGAUAAUUUUACGCUAGAGCCGCACUAUGAAGAUGUGUUGUAUUCUGAAACAUAUUUGCCAGUUGGCAUUAUCGAGCGGAAAUGGAAUGCAUUACUGGAUGUCAUAGGAGAUAAUCCCGACAAUCUCUACGUGUGGUAUUCUAUGCUCUACUCGUACGGUUUGUUCUGGCUGCUUGGAGGAUUGUUUGUACUGAUGGAUUUGACGAAUCGACCCCACUGCAUGCGCAAGUACAAAACACAACCCGGAACGAACGAACCACUCGAUUGGGAAAGGUGCAAGCAACUCAUGCAAACGAUCGCCUACAACCAGCUAGUUUUCGGUGUUCCAAUGACAUACUGCUCGUACCAUGCCCGUAAGCUGAUCAGCGACAUGGUGCCCGAUGUGCGUGUACUACCCACCCUGGACAUUAUCCUGCGAGACAUGGUAGUUUGCAUCAUUGCUUGGGAGGUGGGCUUCUACUACACCCAUCGAUUGUUACAUACGAGCUUCUUCUACAAGCAUAUCCAUAAAAAGCAUCACGAAUGGAAGGCACCGGUGGCAUGGUCUGCUAUGUAUGCGCAUCCGAUCGAGUUUCUCGUCAGUGAUCUGUUUCCAGUGUACCUCGGACCGGCCAUCAUGAAGUGCCACAUAUUCACACUCACCCUCUGGCUAACGUUCGUGAUGUGGGACACGCUAGGCGACCAUUCUGGCUACCACCUUCCAUUUCUUGGCAGCUCCGAAUCGCAUGAUUACCAUCAUAUGACCUUCAAUCAAUGUUAUGGAAACUAUGGAUGGUGCGAUCGGCUCCAUGGAACCAGUAACGAGUUUCGUAAGAAGAAACAAUACCAAAGGCACUAUCGAAUUUUCAGCCUCAAAUCUGCCAGGGAGUUAGUACCAACCAAAUGA